UCGACCGGGACGGUUGUCGAUUCGUUGGCGCACAUUUUCUCGCUGUUGUUCGAGUUUAAAGGCAGUGUUUUGUGCUUAGCGAUCGCUCAGCGAAUGGUGAAUGCAAAAUUAAAGUGAUUCGCGAUCCGGAAACGACGACGACCCUUACAAACCGUUGGAUCUUUGGCAGCGCUGCCUAGCGUCGUGUGAGUGGUGUAUUGGAAUUGAAGUGCGUUUGUGCGUGAGUCUGUGCAGCAUCCAACAUCCGCGCCGCGUCACACAGUUCGCUAUUCCCCCCGAGACCACAAGACAAGUCCUGCCGAGUCGCGGUCAAACAAGUUCUCAACACUGAGUCAGCAGAAGGUGUAUAGUUGCGUCAUUUUGAGCAAAACAAGCAGCGAGCAGCUUAUCGUGACGCGGAGCUCGAUCCCUUGGAUAAACGUACUACAGUGAUCGUGAGCGCGCUUUUCGUGUUCGUGUAAUCAGCAGAAAAUAUUCUUCGAUUUGUCCGCAAGUGCUCUGUGUGUGUGUGUGUGUGUGUCUGUGCCGAUGUUAGUACAGGGUGAUAUGAUACAUAGGGCGGUGUCUGGAUGGUAGAGAUCGAUCGACGGAAGGAUUGAAAAGAAGCGUGCAAUACUGUGCAUCAUUGAGUCACCAUCACUUGCAUCAUCAUUAUCGCGCAGCAGAAACUGAACGCUUUUGAUUAACGCGUGGCAGUGUUUCGCGAACGAACCAAAAACUCGACAACGAACUUGAACACCGCGAGCAGCGCAAGCACCACAAGUGAUCGUCAUCGGCCCCGAUCAGCAGCAACCAUCACCAGCUUCCGGUGACCCAACCAGAGGCUUCCCUGGUCCUAGAGGAGAAUGGUUUUGGGACGUCACUGAUGCGUUUCUAGUUAAAGUACAGAGCAUGACCGACGCACUCAAGAUGACCGACAUGCAGCAGCGGGCCAGCAUCGAGUUCGAGCGCCAGCGGCAUCUGGCGAACUGGCUGAUCGAGUCGAGCCCGCACAUGCCGAACCCAACGGCCGCCCAGCAGAAGCAACUCCAGCAGCACCAGCAGCAACUCCAGCAGCAGCAGCAGGUCCAGCUGCAGCAGCAACUAGCGGCUGCAGCUGCGGCCGCCUCAGCAGCAGCCGCUGCCGCCGCCGCCGCAGCCGCAACCGGCGGGAAUGCCGCUGGUAAGAAGCAAUUUGCCGGCGGAAAAUUCAAACCAAAUCCGAUGUUCCUGCUGGCAAAGAUCGGUCAAAACCUCGGGGCACCCGGUGGUGUCGGCCCUUGUCCUGGCAUCGGAACCACCACCGAUGGUUCGCUGGCCGCGGCCUCAACGUUCAACUCGCAAACGAAUCUGCCACUGCAGAUUCUGCAACCGGGUGGUGGUGGCCGGGAUGGUGGGAAACCGAAACUGAGACGCUUCAACUCGCACGAUACCAGCGCCAACAUGUUUUCGGUGGCGGAGUUCGAGAACGCGCGAAUGGCACGACGGAACGAGCUGGAAAAUGCGGCGCUUCUGCGUCAACGUCAGCGCUACAAACUCAACUCCCUCAACUCAUCCGGGGGCGGUGGUGGUGGUGGCGGUGACUGUUCGACCGGCGAAAGCAAGGGCUCGAAGCUAUCGACCGAAUCGCUGACGGAACCGCUCGUGGCGGACCAGUUCCUCGAUCGUUUCUCGUUGCCACGCGUCAUCCGCCUGACGUACACUUCUUCCUCCAUCACCACCGCCACAUCCGGCACCGGUUCCGAGGUGUCGGUGCCAUUGGCGGGAACUACGACCGAUGACCAUACCCUGACCUCGUCCAGUUCGGCCGAAUCGAGCAGCACGGCGGAACGGGCCGGCUCUGGCGGCCUCUCGAAGGCGAAAUCAAAGAAGGCGACCAAAGCGGCGGCCAGCAACAGCAGCGGUGCGACCACGACGACCACGACGACGACGGCCGGUGGCGAUCUGUUUCUGCUGUACCGAUACAUGAAGAGCUACAAGAGCUACCACGUAUUCAAUACGAAGGCGGCCACCAGCCGGAAGAAGGGCUACAAAAUACCGCAGGAUUAUCCCGGUUACUUCUCCUUCAUUAACGACAAGGGUGCGGCAACGGCCACCAUCUACACAACGAUCGUCCAGUUGGUGCGGGAUCAAGUGUACAAGUUUCUGUCGCUCGAGAAUCUGGCCGCUUACACCGAAUCGCAUGACAACUUUAGCCACAAGGCGCACUACGUGAAGGCCACGGCAAAGGCGGGCCAGGUGUACCGCUUGCUGGCCGUCUUCCAGGACGGUGACCACAAGGCGGCCUCUAGUCACAAGGACGGUGCGGGCAGCGCCAGCGACCGGCAUGUUAGUGGGCGCGAGAAGGAACGCGGCAAGUACGCGCAGCUGCUGGACGACAAUCGACAGAUCUACUACGUGUCCCUAUCGGCCAAAGGAAAGUUUUACGAAAUCGAGCAACACAGUGCACCGGUACUCCAGAAACCAGCGCUAACCAUCGGAGGUGGAGGUAACUUUCAGCAGCAGCAGCAGCAGCAGCAGG